AUGAUUGCAUCCAUUCCGAUCACAGUAAAUAAUCUUGAUGAUGAGCAGCUCGAAAAUGCCGUAUUCCAUGAGAAACAAAACAGCCCAUCUGAUGAGAUCUCGUUAGUCUUUUCACGCUUGCUGUGCUGUUUGCGCAAUCGUUGUCUGUGUGGAUUUUGUGUGAUCUGUCCUUGCAUGGUUUUCUUGCUUUUGUUUUUCAGUCUUCCAUCCACAAUGGCUCCCAGCACAAAACGAGUUUUUUUGGUACUGGCUGUUCUUCCACCGGUCAUUUACAUUCUUCUAGCCUUAUUCACAGUGAUACUUGCAUAUUACAUUCAAGUUUCUCUCGACAAUUUCAACGCUCGGGCAGCUCAUGAGUAUUUACGUGUCAUGAGUCAACGAAGUAAAAUCGCUGCGACAACAGGGUGUAAGCAACGAACUGGCAAUUUUUCUGGUCGGUUUGCAUUAUUUUUAGAGGUAGCACGUUUAGAUGAUGCGAAGACUGUCCAAUUGUGCUUGGAAAGUGGACAAAAUGUCAACGAAAGUGAUCAUCUUGGUCGUACAGCUCUUCACUGGGCUGCAAUGUCGGGAUCAGACGAGGUUCUUUCGCUCCUGGUCAGAAGUGGUGUUUACAUUGACCAAAAAGAUACACUUGAUGGGCUGUCAGCACUACACUACGCAGCUUUUUAUGGUCAUAUCAAGUGUACUCGUCUUCUGGUCGUCGCUGGUGCUUCAUUAACAAUAAUGGAUAAUCGUAAAUUAAAUCCACUGCAGCUCACUGAAAUGGCAAUUCUUAAUCUUUCGACUGUUCAGCCGACACAUCAGAUGAUUAUCAAAUACCUUCGUCGAUCAAUGAAGGACGAUGUCACCCCACCACUUCAGCAUAUUGCUGGGCUUACAGUUUUGCAGCUUGUUGAGCGACAAAUGCACAACCUCCCACAAAUUGAUGAAGCAUCAUAG